GUCAUUAUGUCCAUCAACGACUCCUCUGCCUGCUACAACAACAGUACAGGCCACAUCAACAUCUUCUCUGUGUGCAUGUACUCCCUCAUCUCCAUUGUGGGGCUCAUUUUUAAUCUCAUAGCACUGGUCUUUUUCUUCAGCCACACCAAAUCAAGGUCACAAACCAUUGUUUAUAUGACCAACCUGGCCAUAGCAGAUGUACUUCUCAUCCUCACAUUGCCCAUGAGGAUCUACUACCAUCUGGGAUUUGAUGGCCUUCCUGCGUGGCUGUGUGAUGGCCUUGGUUUGAUCCUGAAGGCCAACAUGUAUGGGAGCAUCUUUCUCCUCACUUGUAUUUGCUUUGACCGUUGCAUGGCUGUCACCUUUCCUAUGUCAACAGUUGUCCAGGAGUGGCGAAAGAAAGCACCACUGAUUUGUAUCGGAAUAUGGAUGCUCACGUUUGGUGCCAGCCUGCCCAUCUACCUCUCGAGAAAAGUUUUCAACAAGCAUUGUUUUGAUAACCUGCCAGUCUACGCCACACAGCCCGGGGUGGUUGUUACCACGCUGUUUGUGGGGUUUGGUAUCCCAUUAGUAAUCAUGUUGAUUUGCUCUUGGGGUUUGGUCCAUGCUGUCCGACAAAGCACUGUGGCCCAGACCAACCUAGUGGACAGCAGAAAGAUCCAGAGGAUGAUUGCUACCAGCCUGCUCGUUUUCCUAGUCAGCUUCCUCCCUUACCAUGCCACCCUGGUUCUCCUCUAUGUGUAUAGAGAAAAUAUAACAUGCCUCAUGUUGGCUGCAUACCGCUAUAGCCUGAUGGUGGCAUGCUUCAACACAGUACUAGAUCCUGUUGCAUAUUAUUUCACCACGGACACCUUUAGGAGGAACAUAGACGUAAGAGCAGUUCGGAGGAUGUUCCCUUUGAAUAGUCAUAGUUCUGAGGUAAACAGCAGGAGCAGAGUGCCUAACAACAGCUAAAGACAGAAGGAUAACUGAGUGCUGCAAUGGUUUGCAAUGGUGGCACUAAAACACUCUUCAUGCAUCAUGAAUGCAGAGAUAAAAGAUACAUUGGAAGAGAAAUGAAGAGCAAAAGAAGAGACAAGCUUUGAGCUAAAUGCUGAUGAUGCACUUGUAUGGUUGAGUUCUUGCAGAGUAGAAGACUAACUUAUGCGUUUUUCAGUUCCACUUUUUAAUCAACAUUAAGUUGGAAGAUUUGACUUUCCUGAUAGAUUCACAUGAGAUAGAAAACAGAAUAUAGCUAACAAACAGCUAAUUAUUUGACAGUAUACAAAUUUUAACUUUUCUGACUUUUAUUGUUACAUGUUUAAAGGCUUGAAACAUAAAUAUUUGUUUCAAGUGUCACUUGAUUGCAGCUAAAUAGUUUAUAGCUAUUCCAAAUGGUCACACUAGAACAUGGGUGAGAAACCUGGGAGUGAACAUUUUCUCUCAUUGCUCAUUGUUUUGGAUUUGUGAUA